AUGAAGACGUACCGUAAGCUGAAUGAGGUCCAUACUGAGAGCGAAGAAGACAAUGUUGUCAAACUAAGUUUUCCUCUGCCUCCUCCAGUUGGGGAUUUUGACGAUAUGGACGAAACACAAUAUGAUCACUUGGCAGUACGGGCAUUUCGACACCACGAACUUGGAGAGAGUGAGGAGGCUAGAUUUGAAAGGAAAGAAGACUAUGUGCCCGAUGUGCCUCCUCGAAAAAAUAAAAUGAAACAAAUCUUAGAGGAACAAAAUCAAGCAUCCAAAGAAGGACCCCGUUUUCUUUUCGAAGCCCCACCUGCCUACGACGAAGUUGAUAGCGUUACCACUGCCCAAUCUGGAGAGCGAAGAAGAAUGGUCUCGAUAAAAAUGCCCGACUUGCCAAUAGUAAGUUUAAUCUUCAAAGGCAUUCUACAAAUCUUGAUGGGAUUCUGCAGCGAAAAGUUGGGGACACGCAAAUACUCGAACGUUGUGUAGCA